AUGGCCUAUACGUAUUCUGUCAUCAUCACGGGCGGAACCAAUGGCAUCGGCUACCACGCAGCCCUGAAGAUUGCCAAAGAUCAUCCUGAGUAUCUGGUCGUGAUCGCCUCGCGGUCCGACAAGAACAAUGCUGCUGACGCCAUCAACAAAGCCCUGGGUCAGUCUAACACCAUUUUUAUGACCCUGGAUCUGGGAAGCCCGGCCGACGUGCGGAGCUUCGCCAAGAACUGGAUCGCCGACAAGACGAAGCCCCAGAUCCAGGCGCUGGUGAUGAACGCGGCGCUGCAGUUCCCCAAGACCCUCCACCUGACGGACGAGGGCGUGGAGAAGACGUUCGCCAUCUCGCACGUCGGCCACGCCAUUCUGUUCCAUCUCCUGUGUCCCUAUCUCGCCACGGGAGCCCGCGUCGUCCUCACUUCGAGCGGCACGCACGAUCCCGCGCAAAAUUCUGGCCUGCCCGACGUCGAGGGAGUCACGGGCAAGUACUUUGAGGGGUUGAGAGAGAUCAAGUCGAGCAUUGACAGCUACGUAGAGCGCAAGCAGGAGGAUCUGUGGGAGUGGACCGUCAACUACGUAGCUGAGGGCGACGCGCGCGAGGUCGGGCGGUUUCAGUCUUUCAAGUGA